AUGUCUAGAUCACCUUCUCGACUUCCAUCAAGAUCUUAUAAUUCCGUUACAGAUUUCCAAAAAGUCCCAUCAUCAAGUUCAAUUUCUGGAAAUGAUGGUUGUGGUGGAUGGAUUAUCCAAAAAUUUGGAGGUACAUCAGUUGGGAAAUUUCCUGAAAAUAUAGUUGAUAAUAUUGUUAAAGUAUAUUCUGAAACUAAUAGAGUUGCAAUUGUAUGUUCAGCUAGAUCAAGUCAAACUAAAAGUGAAGGUACUACUUCGAGAUUAUUGAAAAGUGCUGAAUUAGCUGAAGAUAAUCAAGAUUAUACUUCAUUAUUACAAGUUAUUGAAGAUGAUCAUGUUCAAAAUGCUCAAGAUCGUAUAAAAAAUGAAGAAAUUAAACAAGAAUUAAUUAAUGAUACUAAAAAAGAAAUUGAACAUGUUAGAGAAUUAUUACAUGCAUGUAUGAUUAUUGGUGAAAUUAGUGCAAGAUCAUUGGAUUCAAUUAUGUCAGUUGGUGAAAAAUUAUCUUGUUUAUUCAUGGCUGCAUUAAUGAAAGAUCAUGGAUUAAAUGCUAAAUAUAUUAAUCUUCAAGAUGUUAUUCCAUUAAAUUAUGAUUUUGAUAAAGGAUUCGAUGAUGCAUUUUAUGCAUAUUUGUCCCAAGAAAUUGGAAAGAAAAUCUUGGAAUUCAAAGAUGAAAAGGAUGCUAUUCCUGUAUUGACUGGUUAUUUUGGUGUUGUUCCAGGUGGUUUAUUGAAUGGUGUUGGUAGAGGAUAUACUGAUUUAUGUGCUGCUUUAGGAGCAGUUGGAGUUCAAGCUGAAGAAUUACAAAUUUGGAAAGAAGUUGAUGGUAUUUUCACUGCUGAUCCAAGAAAAGUUCCAAAUGCAAGAUUAUUAGAUAGUGUUACCCCUGAAGAAGCUGCAGAAUUGACAUAUUAUGGUUCUGAAGUUAUUCAUCCAUUUACUAUGGAACAAGUCAUCAAGGCUAAAAUCCCAAUUAGAAUUAAAAAUGUUGAAAAUCCAACCGGUAAUGGUACUAUUAUUUAUCCUGAUAAUAUUGGUAGACGUGGUGAAGCAACACCUCCACAUCCUCCAGUUGCUUAUGAAAGAUUGGAUUUGAGUUUGCUUCAAAAGAAAAGAUCAGCUACAGCAAUCACUGCAAAACAAAAUAUUGUUGUUAUUAAUAUUCAUUCAAAUAAAAAAACAUUAAGUCAUGGUUUCUUAGCUAAUGUUUUCACUACUUUAGAUAGGUAUAAAUUAGUUGUUGAUUUGAUUUCAACUUCUGAAGUUCAUGUAUCAAUGGCAUUAUCAAUUCAAAGUGAUCAAGAAUUACAUUUAAAACAUGCAUUAAUUGAAUUGAAAAAAAUGGGUACUGUUGAUGUUACUAAAAAAAUGACCAUUGUUUCAUUGGUUGGUAAACAAAUGGUAAAUUUCAUUGGUAUUGCUGGUAAUAUGUUUAAAGUAUUGGCUGAUGAAAAAAUUAAUAUUGAAAUGAUCAGUCAAGGUGCUAAUGAAAUUAAUAUUAGUGCUGUUAUAAAUGAAAAAGAUACCCUUAGGGCAUUACAAUCAAUUCAUGCUAAAUUGUUAGAAGGUUCAGCUGUUGAAGGUUCUCUGGCAAUUGAUGCCCGUUUAGAAUCAUUAAAAUUAGAAUCCAGGUAA